AUGUCCUAUCGGACUCGAUUAAUUUUCGAGCAGGUCUUCAAAACCGGUAGAGAAAUAGAGGCAAUCACCUUCAUCAACCCCACUGUCGCGGCUCCAUUCCCCGCAAUCCAGCGCCUCUUUGGUUAUCUGGCCCAAAACGCCGCUGCUGUCGCAGCUUUUAACGACACGUACGCUCUCCGCGGCAUCUUCAAGACUGCUGCCACCACAGACCCUACCUUCUUCACUGCUAUCACAGCCCACCAUGUUCCACUAAUCCUGGCCUCUCUCAGCGCCGUUGCCGGCCGCGACCUUGUCCCGCUGCACGCCGAGCUCAAUGUCAACUUCCGCCUCAUUGACUACACCCCUGCCACGGCAUCCCCGGCCAGCCAGAAUGGAUGCGGCGCCCACACUGACUACGGCACCUUCAGCAUCAUCUUCCAGGACGGCACCGCGGGCCUUGAAAUGGAGACACCCGGGGCGCCCGGCGUGUGGGUGCCCGUGCCGGGCGACGCGACUGUGCUGCUGUGUGGGUGGUGUGCAGUCGUGCUAAGCGGGGGGAAGAUGGCCGCGGCGCGUCACCGCGUUCGACGCGUGCCUGGGGUGCGCCGAUUGUCAGCAGUCUUGUUUGUGGCACCGGACCUGGAUGUCAAGAUGGCGCCGGCAGAGAGAGUCGAGGUAUUUUCCGAGACUGUCAAUAAGGGGCUUUUCGAUGUGCGUUGGUUCAAGGAGGUCAUGGGAAAGAAAUGGAGAUACCGAGAAGGCAAUGAGAAGUUGGGAGCCGGGGAGGAUAAUGUUAUUGAACAGGAUGUUGAAGUAGAAGGCUUGAUAUGGAAGUAGAAUUGUUUCCGGGCAGAGCUUGGGUGCUGCCGCAAUGGUGGAAUAGGUCAGAUGAAGUUAGCUCGUGAGAUAUAGUAAUGGGACGCGCACAUUUUCCUCC